UCUAAACAGGGCUUGGUACACUGAAUUUUAACUAUCUUAUCUUUGUUAUUUAAAUGAAUGCAACGCGCAUUGACCAAUUGUGUUACCGUUUAGCGGAAAACAGUCUGCGAUUGUUAACGACCACGUCAAUCAGGUAGAUACGGAUGGUGAAUAAACAUUAGGCGAGGGCCUUGCAGCUGCAGAGUCGAAACGAUGUGACCAGUGCUUCGUCAUGGUUUCCAAGGAAUUGAUCCUCUUUAAGCUCGUCCUUUUGACAUUAUUGUGGAAGGAAACAAAUCAAACUGUUAGAAACCCAUCAAAUCUCCAUGAAUAUGGGCAGAACGUUUGUUCUAGGCAAACUACACAGGUCGAGUCGUAUUACACUACUACAGCAACGACGUCCUACACCUACUCAACUACUAGCUGUGGGUGGUGGGGUUGGGGUCGCUGUGGGGUAUCAAGACCGAGGACAGUGUACCGAACUGUCCAGCGCACAAGAAGAGUCAGUGUAAAAGUCAUUUAUUGCUGUACCGGUUGGAAGAAACGUUACUCCAGUUCAAGAGAAUGUACAGAAGCAAUCUGUUCCCAAGGAUGUGAUAGCAGUCGUGGAUCCUGUGUCUCACCCAACAGAUGCCAGUGUUCAACUGGAUGGACCGGCAAUACUUGUGUGACAGACAUCAAUGAAUGUGCUGCAAGUAAUGGUGGAUGCGAUCAAAUCUGCACUAACACACCAGGUUCAUAUCAGUGCAGCUGCAACUUAGGCUACACCCAAAGUGGACGCAGUUGUCAUGAUAUCGAUGAAUGUCAGUCAUUGGUUCCCAGUCCCUGUAUUUGCGGAGUACCUGGGGAAGCUUGUGGUGCAGCUUGUACAAAUACUGUCCCAAACUACUUUUGCACCUGCGCAAAAGGAUUCCAGCUGCGAAGCGGUGGAACAAUUUGUGAUGAUAUCAACGAGUGUUCAACAGCGAACGGAGGAUGCUCACAGAGGUGCUACAAUUUCCCUGGAACAUUCUCGUGUGGAUGUUAUAGUGGAUAUCGCCUGACCAGCCAGAACAAUGGCACUCACUGUGAAGAUAUAGACGAAUGUCAGUCAAGUAAUGGUUUCUGCACUCACACGUGUGUCAAUACUGAGGGCUCCUAUCGAUGUGAAUGUCGCUCCGGAUUUUACCUGGAUUCAAAUGGACGAUCUUGCUCAGAUCACGAUGAAUGCUUGUUAGGCCAUCAUGGUUGUCAGCAAGUGUGCAACAACUUCCUGGGAAGCUUCUACUGCUCAUGUCAAACUGGAUAUGCAUUAAACAUAGACAACAAGACUUGUUCUGACGUGGAUGAAUGCAAUCCGGUGUUUGUACCGAGUCUCAACAAGACAAUAAUACCAGCAGGAUGCGAUCAACUUUGUCACAACACGCAAGGAAAUUAUACCUGCAGUUGCAACCAGGGCUUUCAGCUGUUGUAUGAUGGAAAACGGUGCCGAGAUAUAAACGAGUGUAAGACAGGGGCUCAUUCCUGUGAACACAACUGUCACAACACUCCUGGUUCUUAUGGUUGCUCGUGUCUCUAUGGUUACAAACUAAGAGCUGACAUGAGAACAUGCGAAGGUCUACCUUGUGAGGCCAUCAAUGACCCGCCCAAUGGGCGCAUGAACUGCAGCGGCUUGGUGACUAAUGAGACCUGUUGGUUUAGGUGCGAGGACGGAUACGAACUACAAGGCUCUAAACAGAGAACUUGCUCGAACUCUUCUGAAUGGGACGGCCAACCAGCGUCUUGCACUGUUAAACAUUGUGGCACACUAUUUCCACCGGAGAAUGGAAACGUUUUGCUUCCCUGUUAUACCACUUUUGGCUCCACCUGUACACGUGACUGCAGGGAUGGAUAUGUUGCAUUUGGUGAUAGCGUUGCUACGUGCCGAUCGAUUAAUUCAAGCCACGUUGCAUGGGACAUCGGAAACUUUAAAUGUGAAGAGAUCGUCCUUUGCAGGCCUAAUCCUUGUCUCCAUGGUGGAAAGUGUGUAAUCAUCAAUUCACGAAAAUUCUCGUGCGAUUGUAAACACACUGGAUACGAAGGUGAUCGCUGCCAAACAGGCCAAGUUAUACCGCCUGAUUUUCCAAAACUAAUCGCUGGUAACCCUUCGGACAAUCUUGUGUUGCUAGCAAAGCCCGACAAUUCAUUGACUGUCCAUUUCAAUCCAACCAUGAACUUAACCUUCCAGCCGAAUGAGUUGGUAAUUCAGCACCCAACAAGUAAAGCAGACUUUCAAGUGACUGGACACAAGCCAGGCGUGGGAAUGGUGUCUUAUGACCUAACAGGAGUAGACAGACCCGUUUUUGCUUCUCCAAAGAACAGCUCUAUCUUUAUUGGCCGCAAUACAUCCAAUCAGGAGAGUGUUUACACCAAACUUGGCCUAUUGGUUGGCGAGUUACCAAUCGGAUGCCAGAAGAAAAAACUGUCCAAUUAUCAGUGUGACAUCGCGGUGGCUUUCGAUUCCACAGCAACUGUGUCAGCUGAUGUUCGUGUUGAGUCCGGACCUGUCCACGUUAUUACACCUGACAACAAGACGAUCCCUCUGAGUCUUGAAGGGUAUGAUUUUUCUUCGCCCGAUCAGAAUCAUCAAGAAAUGUUGAAAAGACUUAUCGACCACGCAAACGUUAGUGAGAAGACGCAAUCAGAGGACCUCAAUCCAGUUAGCCAAGGGUGCUCUCCUUUCCAAUCGACAGGGGAAACCUUAAUGGAAUUCAUUCAGAAAGACGCCUUUCCCAAAUCCUUCUUACAAUAUUUUUCACGUCAAUUGCCACUGUGGUUGAAACUCACGGCUGGAGAAGACAGUUACGUGUUCGCCACAGAGAACAUACUGGCUAGCCUUAUUCAAACAACAGGUCCGCGAUACGUCCAUCCAAGCUGCGAGAUUUUACUAACUGGAACCAACUCUACAGCGGUCAUCUAUCGUCCAAAAGUCAAUUACAGUAUCUCCGUUGAGAAUGAACAGCUCUUUCUGUCAAGCAAAGACUGUUGUUUUGCAACUGAUCUUUGUAACGGUGGGGUUUUUCUGACUUUGUCCGAAAGCGCUAACAGAGAAAUUGCCACCAUGCCCUUUGUGAAAGAGAUGAUAGAUGGAAGAUGGAAACUGUUCUUGUCAUCGCUCGGUUUCACCCCUCGGAGAAGAUACAGCGCCAUCGUGAAUCGUCUUCCAGUGGGUCCCUUGGCUGAGUACUUCUCAGAUUAUCAUUAUAAUCUGUGGCUUCAAGGGAGUGCCGACAUCUUCCUGAAAAAUUCGAGUGAUUUUUCUGUGGAUAUAAAACUGACUGGAGAAGCUUUUGUAUUCGUUGAAGACUUGGAUAGUUUAUUUACCAAGUAUUUUUCGCGGCCAAUUAAGAUUAUGUUCCAUGGAUCAGUCGAGUUUAAUCUUACUGUGCGAGCUCUUGGCCAGAGAUUCUUUUUGACGUUUUACGCCAGCAGCGUAACUGGAAAAAUAAUCUUGGGUGGAACGCCUCUACUUGGGUCUAAUUGUUUAGUCGCUCAAGGAUUUGUAUUUACCCUUGAUCGAUCUUGUAAACCAUUCAAGAAUAGCCUUUUGUCAGCCGUCGUUCAGCCCUAUGGAGGAUCCAAAUAUCUGCAGGUCUACCACGCAAUUGUGGGCGGAGAAGACAUCGCAGUCCACGAUCCUAAGAACAACUUGAGGUCAUUGGAAUGGCAGGCGCAGGAAAUAAAGAGAGUUCUUCUCGAUGUCCAGAUAUCUGUGCCUGAGAUGCGACCCGAUGUGCAGAAGUGGUCUGCCAAGGUGCAAGAAAUGCUCAUAAAUGUAAUCAAAGCUCGCCGUCUGCUUUCUUCGUCUGAUUUCUUACAGCUGAAGAUGCUUGUUGCAAAGAUUGAUGAUGACCUUGACACCAUGUUGAGAGUAUUUGAUCUCCUUGUGGUCCAGUUGCAGCCAUACAAGAAUCGAACGAGCAUCGAAACGUCCAUUGAACGUCUCGUCAGACUCAAGCUAGACCUUCCAAAGACCAUUUCUCUUUCGUUUUCCAAGUCCUCUAUCCAGCAAACCUUUCUGGGUGUGAGUUUUCAUCUAAAUGGUCAAAUAUGCCAUAAGAGACUCUGCUUUACGAACAUGAAAUGUAGCAUUUGGUCUUUACAUGACAAGUCUUGUUUAACUAACUCUUCAACAGAAGACGCUGGUGUGAUUGUUGAAGGAACUGCCUUGAAAGAAAUUUCUCUUGGGAAAGUUAUAACAUAUCCGGUUGAUAGACCAUUCAGAAUGCUGAUAGGUCGUAACAACGAGCCGUUGAUGACUACGUUUGAGUGCAUUGUUGACUUGCUUGGUUUGAAGAGGACCGCCACCAUAAAAAUGAUUGGACAUGAGCUUUCCUUUGCUGUCUGGGGACCCGUGUUUGGAAAAUUUGACGCGCUUUUGAAUGUCAAAGCGGACGUUGAGAACGUUGUGCACUGGAAAUCUGUAGUGUUUGAAGUAGAAGGUACAAUGAACAACUCAUCACCCCUUUACACGAUGCUCGAGAGUAUGAUUGCAAACGAAACUACUUUGGCUGCCGAGGAGGCCAUUAAAAGGUUAGCGAAUGCCCAAGCAACCUUUAAUGAUGCAAAAACCAAAGCAGAUGCCGCCAAGGAAGCUCUGAAAUUAAAACAGGCUGCUGUCGAAGAAUUGAGAAUGGAAAAGGUAAAGGCGGCAGAGGAACUUCGUCUGGCACGUUUGCAAUACCAUCUCGCAAAAGUACGUUUCAACAGCACCGUCUAUUUUCGGCAAAAUAUCCAAAACGCCAUGUGCGAAAUAAUGGAGUGCAACUACACUUGCUUCAAUGGCUGUGUCAUCCCUGACCUCUGUCAGAACCCUAUUAACAUAACCUAUCUUGAGCGGUACUGUGACACGGUUGACAAAGCGAUAACCGUAGAAGUUGUACAGAAAAGUACUGAAACGCGCAGUUUUGAAGUUGCGACGUAUCAAACCGUAUACACUGGUAACUGCAGAUCAGGAGUUCCCUUGAAGAAAAUACUCAAGUACGCUAAAACAGGGUUUAGCAUUGGAAAAUUCGCCGGAGGAAUUCUGGGAGGGUUAUUUGGAUUUCCAUUAAUUGGAAAGGUUGUUGGUGGAGCUGUUGGAGGAAUUCUUGGUGGGCUUGUUGGAGCAUUCAGUAAGAAAAUAUUCGGCUGUUCUAAUACCUAUGAAAGAAUACCAGGUGAACCGCGAUUGGUUGAGUACGAACACAAAAUUUACGACGCAAAAGCAGUGGAGAAGAUAAUCAAGGAAGUAAGAUGUACAGGCCAGGAAGAAAAAACGAAACAAGGUGGAUAUGGUCCCCCUUAUCCUUGCUGCCAACAGUAUGGAUGCCAGACCAAAGUGAUAGAUCCUGUUUGUGUAAUGAGUAACGAAGAAUGUCGGGUGGCCAUGGCUGAGCUUCAAUUUACGCUCAAUGCCAUGAAUGAGACGUUUCAAUCUGCAUUCUUGUCUUUAAGGAAUUCUGUUGAUAGAGUUAAACAGGCAUCGUCUGUUUACGAGAAGGCGAGAAUACGACACGAUUUCGCAGUGAGCACGUUAAAAAAGGUGAAAUCUUACACGGAGCAGCGUUUGUCAGCUGUAGAAAUUGUCAAUGCCUCCAUGCUUCAUGUUCGACGUGUGGUUGACUUUGGCUUGGAAAUAGCACAAGCUAUAAACGCCUCAAGUGUGGAUAACAAGAAAACUGUCGAAGUUGGAGACAUGAAAUUUUCCUUUUCCAUGUCAUCAGAAGACACCAAAAAGAUCCUCUUUCAAAGUGAGGUUAGCUCUAGGAAUGGUCAACAAAGUGCCGUCAGUUUUCUGGUUGACUUCGACCAAGUUGAACGCUCAGUCAGUUCAGCAUCCAAGAUCAUCAUUGCCAAAUUAUUCGGCAGCAAGCAUUCAAGGAGAAGACGAUCGGAUGAAACUUACGCUGCAAAUUCUACGCAUCGUUUAGAUGCCACCUUCACCGAUUACCCAUAUGCAUGCCUGUUUGCCAACACAACAAGCCUAUUCUUGAGUUCCAUUUUUCAAUCACUGGGAGAUCUAAUUGCGUCAGUUAAAGGAUUCAACGCAAGCCUAUCGUCUGGAGUCCAUGAUCUUGAAACACUGGCACAGACUGUUCAUCUAAGCCGUUCAUCGUCCAAUGUUUCGUCUGUGAACACCACCACCACGUAUCCGAACAGCUCGUUUUUGACGGAAUACAUGGAAAUGAUAGAGGUCCUUAAGGAGGAAAGUAGCAGGUUGACCAAUGACUCGUCGCAAUCUUGGAAUGACACUCUGGAGGCUUGGAGAGCGUUUCUGGAGGUUUUCACUUCGAACAAUGAAUUUGAAGAAUGUUCUGGAACAGAAGACUGCAUCGAUUACUUUUUUGACGGUGCAAAAGAAUUUUACGAGUUUGAAGACAGUCCAAGGGCAAUGGCGAUUAAAGACGCCCUCCCUCAGCUCAGAGAAGUGGUAAGGAAGUUAACAACGGAUGCUCUAACGAUGGUGGAAGCAGAGCAAACACUCCUUCAAGCUUUUUCACUUUUGAUCAAAACUCGUGAUGAUUCAGUUUUGUGUGGAGGAACCCCACUCAUAACUACCUCAUCUCCAAAAGAAAUUAUUCUUCUGCCCGGAGACAGUCUGCUUUUAAGUUGCACUGCCGAGAGCGAGGCGGAGCUGACAUAUGCUUGGAAGAGAAACGAUAAGGUCAUCAAGGAAUCACGGGAUGGAACUUUAUAUGAACGUGCUGUCAGCAAACAACACGAGGGUGUUUAUGUUUGCGUGGUGUCAAACAACAAAGGCAGCACACUGUCCAACGUGACAAUUGUUAAAGUUCACAACAAGCCCAAAAUCACGCAACAUCCGCAGGCACAAAGAGUGGUGGUUGGAAGUCAAACUCCUGCGAUGUUUACUUGCAAUGCAACGGGCCAACCAACUCCUAGCUUUCAGUGGUUUUUUCAAUCACCAAAUUCAUCCGUUGUAAAACUUAACGAGACCAAACCUGUGUUAUAUAUGGCCAACCCUCGCCGUCAUCACGAAGGUUACUACUACUGUGAGGCAUCUAACGAGCAUGGUGCAGAAGUCAGCCGAAGAGCCCGACUAGACGUAUUAGGUUACAGCAUCGGUCUUCCAAGGUUGCUUGUUGGCCUAAAUCUCACUUCCUACUGUAGUUCGACUUCUAAUACAUCCAGAAACUCCACCGAGAAAGAUCCGCAGCCAUGUCAUUCCUUGGAAGAAUUACCGUCAUCAAUUAACGAAAACUUGACUGCUACAAUUAUCCAUGCACUUGCAAGAUCGCUUAACAUAUCUCAUGAGCUAAUCUCGGAAUUUGAGUACGAUUCAAGGAAUACUUCAACAGCUAUCGUAGCAUUCAUAUUGGACAUAGACAGUAAAGGUUGGAAGGAGGACAAUUUUACAUCGAACAUGGAAAUUGUAGAGGCCCUUGCUGACGCUAAAGCUAACUUUGUUGACAAGCUGGAACAAUUCAAUUCUGCCAUACAAAACAAGACCUUUGCAGUACCAUGGAAUACCACCUCUCUUCGUGGUGAACCCGGAAGCCUAAUUGCUUACCCAUUAUCUCCAGAAUGCCCCGAAGGACAAGCACUCAGUGAAAAUGGUUACAUCUGCGCAAACUGCCCGGCUGGUUUGUCCUACAACACAGAGAAUGAAACGUGCGUCAAAUGUCCAGUUGGGACUUACCAGCCUGUUCAAGGCCAAACAGGGUGUCUUUCAUGUGGUACAAACCUGACCACAGCCUUUAAUGGAACAGUGGAGGAAGAAGACUGCAUUGCUGACUGUCCAGCUGGUUCGUACAGUACACAGAACCGAACGUGCUCUGUAUGUCCGCUUGGAACUUAUCAACCUUCUCGGGGUCAGCCAUCCUGCAUUCCUUGUGGUAAAAAUCUAACAACUAUCUCAAAUGGAACUGUGGAAGAAAUACACUGUAUUGGUAACUGUUCUGCUGGCUCGCACAGCGCAAAAAACCGAACAUGUAUUUUGUGUCCGCUUGGCACUUACCAGCCCUCCGAUGGCCAGAAAGAUUGCCUUUCUUGUGGACAGGGCCUCACCACGACGUCAACUGGAGCAACGAACCAGUCGCAAUGCACAGAGAUCAAAUCACCAUCAAGCGAUAUUCCUGCAACUGAGGAACAGUCCACUCUUCCUACCUCUCCUAUUUUCAAGACGACUGUCACUGAGGUACUUCCAACUAAGGAUGCUGGUCAAACAGAGGAGCAAGAAAAUACUAAGGACUUGCCAUGGAAACUUCCAGUCAUUGUUGUCGUCCCACUUGUAAUAUUCCUGAUUGCAGGUAUCUUGUUGGUGGCUUAUUGCAUAAAGAGAAGAAAGCAGAAGGCAACGACUACGAGUCAUUCUAAUCCCGCCUACGCCUGCAGUGAACCCAAGCCUGCCGCUGAAACAGUAACAACGAGUCACGCUAAUCCCACGUACGACGUCAGUGACUACAAGCCAGAAAAUCAGAGGGAAGAGCACGAAUAUUUUAUGCCAGACAAGAUAGCCACCCCGGAAUGGAGUGAAUCCCAAUCUGACUUGGCGGAGCAAUGGUACGACGACAUUGGCAACAAGGAUCUCAUGGAAGGAUUUGCUGAUGAUCCAAUAUACGAUUGCUUGGAGCCACCUCAAAAAGGAAACCACACAUUUAGUUUUGUCAACCAAUCGUUUCUUUCUUCAAGUGAUACAUAGCUUGUUCCAUCCUUUUGUUCAGGUUAACUUUACCAUUUUAUAGAGGCUGGUACUGUACCCAUACCGUUCCUAGUUUUAGUUGCCGAUCAAUCGUUAUUUGAACUUCCUCCUUAGUUUAAUCUUCUGGUUUUUAGAAAGGUCGAAACAUACUAACUGGCUUAACUAGGUUUUACAUAGUUUGGUGAGAAAGUUAAGCUUUGCUUCCAACAUUAUGGAAGUAUUUCUUGUCCAGUUUGUGAGUCAGCGUUAGUUAUGGUCAUUUAUUCAUUGAUUAUGAGCUUAAAAAGUCGCGGAGAAAAUUUGCAUAAUCUGCUUUCGGUGUGUUUGCACAUUUUGCUUGCAUUGAGUUGCUAAUUUGGAAACUAGUUAAUGAAAAAAAAAGAUAGCUUUUUAAAAGAGUACGUUCAGACAUGAAGCUGAGUGGCUGGCUAUUUUGACAUCUUUGACGUGCACAGAUAACAUUUGCUGUGCUAAUAUUAGUGCAAACAGAUUUCCAGGACAUCCGGAUUUCACUCAUUCAUUCACGACCAACACCUUGACAGCUCAGCCACACUGCUUCCAGAGAAAGCGAAGCUGAUGUAGUCGUCUCUAUAGGGUGGGGUACACUUAAUUUUUAGGAACCCCUAAUAAAGUGACCUAUGGAGGUCAGCUGUAAUGACCGAUCCUGUUCUGUAAAUAGGCAACGCAAAUAGUUUAAUUUGAGUCUUGCAAAUUGCAGUUACAAUACAGCUUUUUCAAUGCUGAAUUUUUUUUUUUUUUUUUACAGUUCGCUCUUCCGUUCUUUGCUUUUGCAUUCUGGAAGUCUGACUUUCCGUGGCCGCUUUUGGCACUUCCCCGCUCCCCUAUAAUGUUUCUCAGACCAAUUCCAUCUCAGUCGAGCGCGUGAGAAAUACACAGCUAGGAACUGGUUAAAACGUAACCUGGCCUGCAGCGAUCAUUAAGUCUUUAUGGCUUCGUGAGACUGGUCUGUAAUGAUCUCAGGGAUAAAAUCUCCCAAGUUUAAUUAUGGCCAAAGUAUGAAAAACAGUCAGGAGAAUUAUGCUGCUGACCCAGAGAUUGCAAUGAUUUAGAGUAACAACUGGCACUGAGAAAUCGGAAUUGUUAAAAUGAGUUUCCCUAAAGUUGAACAUUUUCUUUUUGCUGACAAUUAAUGGUAAAACAAGCGAUAUUUGUAUCGUAAGCUUGGGUUUUAGAUGCUAAGUAUUCAAUAAACGCUGCUGAGUAAUUAA